GUUAAACGUAUAGGAGAUAAAAUACAAAUAUAAUGUAUUUCAAACUUACUUUUUUCUUAUUAGCUUCUGUUUUGAUUGCCAAUGUAGUGGGACCGGAAACAGGCAAAAGGAGCGACAUCGACAUAAAUGAUAAUCCAUUUUCAUACGAGAAACUUGAGAACGAGCUUAUGCGUAGAAUUUUUGAAAGCCUUUUAAUCAAAAAUGGUAUAGCAAAUUAUGAUGAUAGCAGUACUAUUAAUCUGGAAAUAUUUCGUGACUUCUUGAACGAUUCUGAAAUGAGUGAAUAUGUAUUAAACAAUUGCCGUGCGAGCGGAUCCCGUAACAAUGUCACUGGCCAAAUAACACUUGAAGAAUUUAUGCAUUUAAUAAGAAGUGCAACUGAACGUUCUAAAUUUAAUACAGUAAAUGAAUUUACCCAAUCAUUGAAGAUACGUGCUUCAGCAGCCAAAGAGGUGGGACCAGAAACACGCGACCGAAUAAAGACCAGAAUAAAAGGGGACAAGGAUUUCAUUUCGUUAUUAAAUGAUGCUUUAGAUGCCAAACCUGUAAAUGGCCCAUUUAAAACUGAGGAUCUUGAGAACGAGCUUAUGUGCACCAUUUUUGAAACACUUAUACGUACAACUGGUUUAAAUUAUGAAGCUCAUAGUACUAUUAAUCUGGAUAUGUUUCGUGGCUAUGUGAAUAAUACUGAUAUGAGUAACACUUUAUUAAACGAAUUCCACUUGACCGGUGGAUUUUUGGCUUUGAAUAAAGACAGGAUAACGCUUGAACAAUUUAAGCGUAUAAUAAGAAGUGGAAGUAAACAUUACAAAGAGACAGUAAAUAAUUUCACUAAAAAAUUCAAUCGAAAUAUAUAGAACACCGAAGACGCUGUUGUAAUAAUAAUUUUAAAUUUUAGUCUGCUGUUUGCAAAAUUUACAAAUGUUACAUUCAAACC